GGGGAUAAGAUGCGCCUCCUAACCGUGAUCCUCUCGGGCUGGCUCCUUCGCGGUCCGGGGAGCAUCGGCGGGCAGGAGCUCUCGGUGACGAGGCUCGCGAACGGAGACGUCUUCACCGUCGAAGGUUCCUGCAGGGAAGCGUGCACCGUCCUGAGCAGCGGCACCGCCAGCCCCUUCACCCGGGACCCCGAGACGGCGGCCGUCGGCCUUCCCGACCAUUCCUGCGCCUGCCAGUGCAACCUCGCGCUUCCGGUCUUCCGGGAGGACCUGCACGUCUGCGUCAAGGACAUCCAAGAAUGCGACGUCGCCGGCUUCGUCGGCACCGCGGGAGCCGUCGAGAAGAUCCCCUACGUGUUCCUUCCGCAGCGCCGGCAGAUCGUGUAUCCGCAGGCGGAGAUCCGCUUCGAAGGAGUCGAGACGCCCGUCUGCGGCAUCGCGGGGGCCCAGCAGCUGGGCCGAGGGGGAUGGUCCGAGCUGAGGAACCUCUCCGACGUCGAGCCGCCCUUCAGGCUCUUCCGGGACGAGGGCCGGACUUUUCUCCAGUGGAUCGGGGACGCCGGGCUGAGGGACGCCGCGGAGGGUCGAGUGGUGCUGGCCCGAUUGGUCUGCCGAGACGCCUCGCCGCAGCCGGCCGUCCCGGGAGUCUUCACCCCCUGCGUGGCCUUCCGCGUCGCCGGAUCGCCCUCGAAGAGCAACGUGCGCGAGGUGGCGUUCUCGGCGGGCGGCCACCCUUCGCAAGGGCUCUCCGCGACGGAGUACGCGGCGAUAGGGUUGUCCUCCGUCGUCCUGGCGCUGAUCUACGUCGCCAGCGUGUCCCUCUAUCUGCAGAGCAGAAGGGCCAGGAGGAAGAGAUCGGAGGAACCGGAAGCGGCCCUGACCGGUGGCAGGGAGGGAGCCGGGAUCGUCAAGAGCAAUCCGCUCCUGGCCGCCUCGAGACGCUUCGAGGCCGACGCCAACGGCGGAUCGAGCGAGAGCGACCUCGGGGACGAUCCGGCCCAAAGCGACGGAGAGGAGACUUUCGAGAACGUCACGUCGGCCGUCGUCCAUCCGCCCUGCGUUUACUUCGAGCCGGAAGGCACGUUCGGCUCGGGGUCCAUCCUCGGCGAGCGGCUACCCGAGGAAGACGUUCGCAUCGUGGAGACCGUCGACAACGCCCAUCAGCAGGACGUCCCGGUUCUUCCCGGCACCCAACGGAGGAAGCUCUACUUCAACCCGGCCUACUUCGACCGGCAGCUCUUGCUGGCCCCGCCGCCGGCAGCCGUCGAGUUCCUCUUUAAAAUCCGAGAAGUCGUGUCGAUCGCCAAACACAAAAUGGCUGCGAAGCGAUUCGUGCCCACGUUGAUCGGCAUUCCCGAGGAGGAGAGCGGCCCGGACUCGAGGCGACGUCCCGCCUCCGUCCAGGGCUCCGCGGCCCGGUCCCGCGGGUCUCGAGAGUGUACCGGAUGUCCCGGAUGUCGGGAGUCUCCGCCGAGUCUGCCCGUCCUUCCGGCGAGUCCGCACGAGAGUCCGGCGUGUCCGGGCGAGAACAGGAUCCGAGCCUGGCUCGAGGACGUGAAACCGCCGGGGCGUCGUUGGACCUCGCCCGUCGCCGGACCGGAGUCGCUAGGCGCGUCACGGCGCUCCACCCGGUCCACGUUCGGGGUGGCCGACGCGGCCGAGAACGGCGCCGUCAACGCCAAGGUCAGGAGGGCGAUCGAGAACUGCUUCGUCGAGCAAAUGGAGGAGAACGCGGUCUUGGAGAAGAUGCUCACCGAGGCGACCGGCAACGGGCCGAGGGCGGAAGAAAGGAGCGCGACUCGGAGGAAGAGCCGAAAGUCGAGGGCCCCGUCGACCCCCGGGCUCUCCCGGCUUCCCGACAUGAUCGACGAGCUGCCCGGGGCCACGAUGCCGGCCAAGCGCAUCAUGGACGCCGUCAUCCGGGAGAUGGUGGACGCGAAGGCCGUGGAGCGCAACGAGCGCGGCUACGAGGUGGACAGCCUCGAGAGGGCCAAGCUCGGGAGGAAGCCGUCGACGUCGCCCGAGUACACCGACCGCUCGAGUCCGGCCCCCUCGACCGCCCUGCCGUUGGACGAGGAGCUGACCAUGAGGAACGACAUCCUGGAGAGGUCCGGACCCGGGACCGAGGAGCCGGGGUCGCGGAGGCCGGUGGGUUACUCCCUCGUGAGCGAGGUCUACGUCAACGACGGGUACGUCAGCCCGGCCGGCAGCGAGGACUCCGGCCCGGAGAUCCGGUACGAGCCCGAGCACCCGGGCCACCUGACCAUCAAGGUCCAGGACUCUCCCGACAAUUACGUCAAGUUGGACGAGUCCGAGUACGAGCCCGACACCCUCGACCGGAAGCCCAUGAAGCUCAGGAUCAACGGGGACGUCGGCUACGAGAGGGACCCUGCCGCGGAGGUCUACGUCGACUCCCUGGAGCGGCCGGCGCAGAUCCUGCUCCGGAGCAAGGGUAGCUUCGGCGACGGCCGCGGAAGCCACGGCAGCCUCAGGGAGAUCUACCAGGCCAGACUGAGCGCCGGCCACCUCGUCCCCGACUCCAGGCAGGCCAGGAGGCAGAGGAAGCCGUCGAACCGGCCGGACGUGGUCCCGCUCCCGCCCGCGGAGGGCGGCCACCGGCCGUCGCGGCGUCGCGGCCGCCUCGUCGGCAGGGUGGAGGACAGCGGCUACCUCAGCAGCACCGACAGCAACGGCUCGCGCAAGCGGCUGCUCCGGCCCGACGUCGGCAGCGUCUCCGAGACCGACGAGACCGAGUCCGUCUGCGACGGGGCCAGCGAGAGCGGCGCCGAGAGCGUCGGCACCGACAGCGUCUUCUUCGGCAACUUCCCGGCCGCGCAGUCGAGCCGCUCCAAGAGCGUCGACUCCGGGUUCCGGAACGAGGACGGCGCUCCGGAGAGGGCCAACCACGGCGCCAGCGACAGCGAGGCCGAGAGCUUCGUCACCGUGCUACCGCCCGGGAGCUCUCUGCUGGCCGCUUGA